GUUCUCCACUGUCUCUCCUCAGCAUUCCUUGUCCCAACUGCCAAUUCUCGUACUGCUCCAAAUGCCUAAAGUCGACCGUGCUCGUUCCUAAGCUGGGCAAGCAACACAAGGUCUGCAAGACGUGCUGUGAGACGAUAAACAGGACUACUGCUAGCAAAACGGAGGACAGAGAACCACCUGCAGCUCUACAAAAGCGGAUGGAAGCCCUGAACAAGCAGCAGCCACAAGGCGAACACUCCGCUCCACGCGGAGAUGAUGGGUCCUCUCUUCGGAUUGAAGAAAUCGAGAGCCGGCUUCAGAAGCUGCGUCAGGACACCAAAGAUGUCAUUCCAAUCCAAGCCGACAUUGAGGAAAGACUCGCAAAGCUCAAAGAAGUUGACGUCUCCUACUAUCGUCAGCCUCCAAUCACUGUGUACGCAACGGACGCAGAAAAAGCGAGCAGUCUCUUUGCCGAGGUGAUGCACAAGGUGGCCAUCGACAGACGUCGGGCGCAGGUCAUAAAAGCGACCACUGAUGAAAUGGAGCGUCGUCUCAGAUGCCUGCGCGACCUUAGCAGAGAUUCCGUGGAUUCGAACCCUCAGGAGUCCAAGGAAGAACAAUCAUCCGAUUCUGUUGGUGGCGCCCUUGCUACAACACAGCCAACGGAACUUCGACAGUCCGCGCAGAUGGCAAGCGACGGCAAAGAGGAUCCGCCAAUCGACGAAGUGGCACGGCUCAUGAGCGAUGAGCUGAAGGCGGCCGUGGAGGCGGCGAAAAGGUCUGUUGGUGAUCUUCAAAAGGACAAGGAGCUCAUGAAAGAGCUCAGCAAGAUGAAGGCAAGGAAAACGAGCCAAAAGAAGGAAGACGAUGUCGAGCCUGAUUCAGACGACAGUGCAGAAGCGGACGCCAUUGUGGCCAAGGUCCUCGAAGAUGCGAGACUCGAGGAACUCGGCGAGUUGCAAGAGCUCGGCUUGGACGAAGGCGGCGAG